UUGCAAAAUGCUAUACGUAAAGAAAUCCACGCUCAACAGUCAGAAUUACGGAAUUUGAUUCGCAGUGAACUUCGGGCUGCCUUUCAAGAGAAAAUGGACCAGGAUUUUUCACACUUGAAACAACAACUCGCAUCAUUUGAAGAAAUCAUAAAAUUUACAUGCGGUCAAUAUGAAGAACUGGCAAAUACCGUAAAGUCAUACGCAGAAGAAAAUAAACAACUUCGAGGUGAAAAUAUUCUUCUUAAGGACAAACUUAAAGACGUGGAGACAAGAUUGUCGCAACUCGAGCAAGAAGGUCGCCAAACUAACAUUGAAAUUAACUGUUUGCCCGAACAUAGAAGCGAGAAUCUAUUCAAAACCGUUAUACAGUUAGGCAAAGUUGUAUCCUGCCCUCUAUCGGAAAAUUAUAUUUUAUCCUGCACCAGAGUUCAGAAGAUGAAGCCUACGUCAAAUAAACCAAGAGCUGUCAUCUGUAAAUUAUCAAACAAAAUUAAAAGAGACAACCUGCUUGCUGCCGUAUAUAGAUACAACAAGUCGAACCCAAAGGAAAAAUUAAAUACUAAAUUGCUUGGCUAUGGUGACAAUGGGUCACCGGCUAAAGAAAAGAAAUAUAAGUUUGUCUGGGUCCGUAAUGGAAGAAUAUUUGUGAGGAAGGAUGUAGACACACCAGCUAUUGGUAUCGCACAUAUAGAUAACCUGAAUAAGAUAACAUAG